AUGGAAGAUAGAUUGCAACAUUUGGAUGAAAUGAAAAAGAAACUUAAACAACUUCGAGAGCGAAGGCCCUUGCUUGCUUCUUCAUUCUCUCCAGCUACUUCAUUAGGCACUGGUGAAUCGAAAAAGAUCGACAAUGGGUUUGUUUCGCAUCUUCUAAAGGGUAUCGAUAAGAUUCCUAAGAAUCAAAGUCAUCAAGGCACUGGAUUGGAGCAUGGUAGUUCAAUUAGCGUUUCAGUACAAACGGAUGAAAUGAUAGAGCAUGAGGUGUCUGAAGUUCUGGUUGAUAACGAAGUACAAAAGAUAGAUGUGAUUACGUAUGAGAAAGCAGUUCAAACUGAUAUGAUUGAUACUGAUGAUGAAGGAGAUCAGAAACUCAAAAGUGAAGUUUCAAUGAUUGAAGAAUCAGCUGAAAGUGUUGGGCAUUCUAUUGGGGAAGUUACAUCGAGUAUAGGUAGUGAGUAUGAGGAAUUGGGUACGAAACUGAAACCUUUGAUUGUUACUAGUCAAAAUAUCUCCUUGGAAACAACUACUUUUGCUUUAUUGGAAGUAUUAGAAAACAAGGAGAAUCUAACCAAUAGGAAUCAACUUCAAGAAAACGAGUAUUUUGCAUAUUCGCAUGAAUUUAAUCUAGAAUUUGUUCAAGAUACGAGUCCAAUAUGCGUAUCUGUUGACUAUCACCAAGGAUUUAUUCUUGUGCUUACCCAAUUGGAAUCAAAUAUACGUCAGUAUAAUACAUUAACGGUUUGCAAUGUGAUAAAUUUUGAGACUGGUGAGAUAGUUGAUACCGUCCAAUUUCAAGGACAAACCUUAAUUAAGGGUGAGUUCAUUGUUGUCAAGGACUCUAAAAUCUUAACAAUGUUGUUGACUUCGUACAAUGGUAAAACAAUCCUUUACGAACUAAGAGCAGUGGCAGCAAAGGCUGGUGGCAAGACUAAGUCUAUCCCUAAGAUAGAGCGUAACGUCAUUUCGCGCAAUUAUCACAACUGGCCUAUUUACGCUGUGUGGCAGCAUCACGUGCGUGAAUCCAAAGUUUUGACUGCUAGUACAGAUGGGACUAUUCGUGAAUUGAAUCUCAUAGAUUUGAAACCUGUACUAGAUCCUACCAGUUGGAAUGGUGUGAAAGUGGUUCCGUUUUCGAGAUCUGAAUUAAUUUUAAAAGAGCAGUAUGGCAACUCUAAGUAUUUAAGUCAGUUGACAAAGUUGUCUAUGUACGACGAGGUUACCAUAAAGGCUAUUUGUACAUUCCACAAUGAUCCUAGUAGUAUAUAUGCGGGUUGCGAAGAUGGUGGGAUAUACAAAAUUGUUAUAGAAAAGGGUGAAGGUAAAAGGAAUAUUAAAUUAUCAUUGGAUAAUAAUGGGUUUAUUCCAGUGGCCCAAUCGGAGACUGAUUCCAAUUAUAGUCCUAAAGAACGAGAUGAAAAUGGAGACAAAGAAGAUGACAUAGCACUCAACCAAGAACCCUUGUUUCAUCUAGGAUCUGUAACUGCCCUAUUUCCAUGCAGUAAUUUCUCCGGUUUGAUGUUAUCUUGUGGUAUGGAUUGGAAAUGUAUCUUAUGGGACGUACCAAACAAUCAGAGAAUAUUUACAAUAGAAUUGGAUAGCCCGGUAAUAUGCUGUGAUAUUUUUACCCUUCCCCAUGACAAAGGGCAGUCGUACUUAGCCCUUUUAACUGCCUUGGAAUUCCAUAUUUAUGAGAUAAACCUAUCCUCAACCCAUACUCAUUUAGGGAACACUUUAUGGUCAUUGAAUAUUGCCCCUAAACGUAUUUUCUCUAUUUCCGCAACGAAGACUAGACAUCAACUAAGCAUGUUUACUCACUUUAAGUUAGUGCACCAACAAGAGCAGUGCUAUGUAAUUUUAGGUGGGGAUGGGCCAACCUUGGAAUGCUAUAGGAUAAUAUCGUGA